CAUCACUAGCAGACAGCAAAUUGUUGGCGAUCGAAGCGAGCGUUCUGCGACUGCGUUGUUCAAUUGCAAAUUUCUCGAUAAUCCAGCAGCGAGCUAACAUAAGUGCACAAGUUUUUACUAGUAAACACUUUGUAGUUAUUAUAAAUGGCAGACAAAAAAGUGACACCACCGCUGGGCGCCUAUCCGCAGCCGCAGCCGCCCCAGGGACCUUUCUUGCCGGCGCCGCCGCACCAGGCCGCUCCGCAAUAUGGAGUGGCGGGUGGCUCGCCGUACGGCGUGGCGUUUGGCGGCGCGGCGGGUGGCGGCGGAGUGGGCGGGGUGGCGGGGGUACAAGGAGUCUAUGCCCCCCCUUACGAGCAGCUGCCUCACCACCAACUGCCUCUAGGCCAGCAGCUGCCCGUCUACAGCCCUGUCUACCCGUAUCCGCCAUACAUCCCGUACCCCGUGCAGUAUUACCCUUACUACCCAACAGCGGUGCAGCCGAGCAUUCAGCCGCUGCGUCCGACCAUCAUGAUACCGAACGGGUUCGAGGCUGGCGGCAGGUUCGAGGGCCUGGCGCAGACACUGCUGCCGCCGGCGCCGCCCGGCGUGCCGCCGUCGCCCGCGCACCUCGCCGCCAUACAGCCGCAUCAAGUGCUGUGGCGUUAAGAGCAGUUUGAGGUGCCACAAGCAGGCGCCGGCGACACAACGUACAGACAGACGAACAAACUAUACCCUUGCAUGCCAUGCCUCCUGUGAGUAGGCCUUCUUAGUCUUCACACCUGUGUAAAGCAGCCUAACCUUUGGGAUAACAUAGGCUAUUUUAUUAUUUCCUUAUCUGAUGUCGGGUAAACAGUUCUAAAAUACGUAUAUGAAACAUGACUUUUGAUUUAAUAAUUGUCUAGGGUUCAUUUUCAAUUAAUUGAACCUGGAUAUUUCAAUUUAAUUGAAUCUGGAUAUUUCAAUUUAAUUGAAUCUAAAUAUUAUGACGUUACUUAAAUGUUUCCGGUGUGCGCACAAACCUAAUGAAUUGUGACAAAAAAUGAAUUACGGUAUACACGUUUUUUGUGAUUACACCAAUGAAUUCAUAGAUUAUUUUUAUAAUUAUAAAAUAUCAAAUAUAGAAACUUAAUUCAAUUAAUUGAAUUAUGAUUGAAAAGCAUUGUAUAUUGCUCGGCAUUAGACAAAUGAAAUAGCUCUUUCGAUUUAUGUCAAAACUAUAUAAAUUAGAAAUAGAAGACAAAUAUAUGUAACAAAAAAAAAUUGUUGAAAAGAUAUAAUAUGUAUAAAAAAUGUCUGUGUGUCAGUCGGCGCGUGAGCUGAUCUGUUUUCGACUGUGAUGUCUUACGCUUCGGUCUGCGUGGUCCUCGCGACAUGGUCCGACGACCAAAUCCGAACACUAGUCUCGUAUGAUUUAUUUAUUUAAAAUAUGUAUUGUAAAACAUCAGAGAAAAAAAGACACUAAAAGAGUCAUGAGAAACGUCAAAAAUGGCCAGUCAAAACUAAAUAUAUUGGAAUUAAAUAUUUCCAAACAAAGUAGGUGCUUAAAAAGUAUUACGAUUGUUUUUACAAGUUAAUUGCAUUUCUCAUGCAAAAAUUAAAUUAUACACAUAAUGACGAACGUAUGUUUUUUUUUAUAUUUAUCAAGUCGAUUCCUUUUUUAACCUGGAUGAUGGGUUAACACUGCUUUUUGGUGUCAUGGAAAGACUGCUGUCUAUAUUUUUUGUUGUGAUCUGUGGCGUCGACUACGCGGACUGGAAGCGACUGCUAGCGCCGCGUGCGCUGCUCUCAUACUAUAGUAUUAUUCGUAGAGGGCGUAUGACUAGUUUAAUCUCGCGGGUUGCGCUGCCUGUGUGUUGGAGCUAUGUUAUUUACAUUAUCUGUCUGUAAAAUCCCAACAAUAGGCUUUGAUUUAAAUUUAAAAUAAAUUUUGUCAUAAUUCCACUGUAAUGAGAUGACAAACUUAACAGUAACAUAUCUUUUACUCUUUAUUAUAAUAUGGUUAUAUUACAACCCAACCCACAGACAACGCAGUCCAACCUAGUGAUAAUGAGAAUGAAGAAUAAAACAGUUAUAAUAAAGGUUGUGCGUGAGGAGCGAGACGUGUGAGCAUGAGUGUAGCGAUCUGUCCAGGCUAGUUUGGACUCUAGUUAGGUGGUUUAUGGUAUGGUUUUGUUUACACUGAUAAUGAGAAAUCAAGUGAGAAUAUUCUUUUUUCAAAUAUGUUGAUAAUGAAUUUGAUUUUUUAGAUUCAAUUAAAUUGAACCUUAGAAUCCUAUUAAUAAAAUAUCUGGAAGGAAAUAUAAAUAAUAAAAAAUGUGGAUUUUUUUAUUAAUUGGAUUCGAAAUGUUCAGUUUAAUUGAAUAUGAGAACUAAAAUAAUUUAACAAGUUUCAAAAGCCAGGUAUUUUUUACUUAUAGUGUAAGAAAAGAUGACAUUUGCUAUUCGAUGGACUAAAACUAAUAAUUUACAAUGUAAUAAUAUUCUUUGAUUAACUGUUCAUCAUCAACAUAAUCUUGAGUUUUUGACAGAAACUACAGCCAUCUGAACUUCCAACACAAAAAAAACUGAACUUAACAACAUAGAGAAUUGAUAUGAGCGAAUAUCAAAAUUUCAAGUUUGGUGGCGAACUGUCAUAUAAUUUUUUCGUGAAAAAUUGGGUUCCGACAUGAAAAAGAUCCAAAAGGAUCCUCAGUUCCACUACUCGGAACCCAAUUUUUCACGAAAAAAUUAUAUGACAGUUCGCCACCAAACUGGGCACAUUUUGAUAUUCACCCAUAUCACAUGGUUGCCAAGAUUUGUACCCGGUUAAUGGCAAUAGACAUGAGACUUAAUAUAGCUGGCGAAGAGUGGGUGUGUACUUAUACUAUACAUCUCUGCCUUCCCCUUCAGAGGUACAGGCGUGCUGCUAUAAAUUCAAUUUGAGUCAUCAUCAUCAGUCUCAAACAAAACCAUACGAUAAAAAAAAGAACAAAAAUCAACAUGGCGUUAGAAUCUCACUUGACAGUAAAUAUACAACUGUUACGUUCAGUGUUAGGUGUUGAGCUGUUAUUUCAAGGUACGUCGGUUCAACGCCUGUGUUAUAAACUGUCACUUAGUUUGUUGUGAUGUGGAUUAUUUGUAAUGUAACACAAUAUCACGCCUAUUUCCCGUUGGGGUAGGCAGAGACGUGGUCAGUGGAAUUCCAAUAACAUUUAACAAAACCAACAUAACAUUUUAUUGUAUUUGUAGUGUAAAGACCCUUUGAAAUGAAAUGAAAUUUAUUUGCAGAAAACUUUACUAACAAUCAUUUUUUCACUUUAAUAAAAAAAUAAACAAGAAGUGAAUACAAAAUUUAAAAAAAAUGCCUGCGAUGUUUUAACCGAACAGGUAACACAAAGUGACUUAUGCGAUACGUCCCCAGCAAAUUCGAACCCGGAACCUCCGAAUCACGAACCCAACGCUCAACCACUGCACCACGGAAGCCGUAAAAAAUAAAAUAAAAAGUUUAUACCUACAAAUAAUUCACAUCAAAACCUAGUGGUAGGUGCUAGUUGAUUUUCAUUCGUUAUUAAAAUUUGUGUUGAUUGUAAGUGGCCUUUAUGUAAAGGUGCGAACACACGGCACUGGUAAGGCACGAGUCACAAGGCAGACUGCCUUAGGCAGCUGUUACACGGUCAGAUUAUGAUUGGUUGUUAAAUAAUAAUAAAAAAAGUUAAAUUGGUCAUACGGACGAUCUAGUCAGUUUUUUUUUAAUUGGGGGGGGGGAGGAGUCCUUACGUCAUCAUUAUUCGGAAUGUCAAGACAACUAUAUAGAAAACUUUAUUAGGAAAAAACUGCCCAUUUCUCCCAUCAGGUGUCGCUACUGUUGAGUGUCAAACUUUGACAGUUCCCAAUACUAGUUGAGUAAACAAACAUAUUGCUUUGGUUAUCCCACCGGGGUAAGCAGACUAUACAAUCAAAAAAUAAAUAAAAAAAAAAAACAAAAAAAGCAAAAUUAUAGUUUUAUAUUUAUUCUCUAAAGAUCGGGGAGAAAACUUAGAAAAACUUAUUUCCUACUGGCCGCUUUUCGUUUUCGUAACUCAUCCUUCAGACGGGAUACACUCCACGUUACUCCAAAUUUUAUAGCAGCUUAUCACGUAUUUUAGCUGCACAGUAUGGAGAACUGUCAUUUAGGAACAUUCAACAGUGUUGCCGCCUACAUUUGAGCUUGUAGUUUUUAUCCUUAUUCAAAUUCGUCAGUCUAAAAGGAAAUAGUAGGAGUGACUUAUAUUCCACUCAUCUGUCAUAUAUUGUCGCUUGUUUUUUUAUAAUGCAUAAAUAUCACAAUAUACGCCCCACUGUUUGGAACUGACCAUAUUGUUGUUAUAAUGAUAACAGAUAAUGGAUUUCAAUGCAUUUGAUCAUAAUUUUGACCGUGAACCGCGCGCCUUGGAAUUCUGAGUGCCUUGACUAGUUGUCGUACGAACCUCUGACGGUUCUCAUAUAUACAUUCGAAAGUGGAACGCAUUUAAAACCGCUUUUUGAAUAUAAAAUUAAAUUAUAACUUUAAAAUGUGCUAAUUCCUGUACACCAUCUAAAUUCAUUUUAAGUUAUAAUUGUCAUUUUCUUAUCCGCCGAAAAGGAAAGGGACGGAUGAUUGACAGCUGUCACUUUUAAAAAGUGAGUGAAUGAAUCCGGGCGAAUGAAAUAGGUGAAAAAAACAGUUUGAUGUGUGUUGUCAAGUUAAUUCUAUCGGGUUAUUGGCCAAUGUAAUAUUUUUAGAAGUUGUUUUAAAUUUGUGCACAAAAUUGACGUGUUCCGUAAAUUUUAUGCCAGUCAAUUAGCCGUCCCUUUUCGGCGGAUAAGAAAAUGACAGGUAUACUUAAAAUUAGAUGAUGUGUACUUGAAUUAGCACCAAUGUCUAUAGCCUGUGUUCGCAAUAUUAUUAUGAUAAAAAACUCGAUCCCAGUUCGAAAUUUAAGCUCAAAGGUCUUUAACAUCAUACAGAUGUAGUAAAGAGAUAUGAAAGAGUAUUAUUAAAAAUGAAAAUUGGUCUUAAGACGACAUUGUACUAAAUAUGACAAGACUUACACAUUCCUAAUGUAUGUGAAAAGUCGUCAAAAAUCUAAAAAUGUCUUGCCUCAGUUUGCCUUAAGACAAGCUUUCUACAAAACGGUAGCUAACAUUUUCCAAUUCACUCAGAAAUUACAGGGUAAUGGAAAUAAAUCAAUUUGGGUAAAAAAUAAUAAUGAAACUUUUAUUCGGACGAAUUGAAAAGAUUUGAUUAUUUUAUAUACUUGUAUGCUUGCACUGUUCCUGAUGAUUUAGGCGCACAUUGCCACAUUAGCAAAAUGACAUUCUCAAAAUUCAUUCAUUGUUUUAGUGGAAAUUUGAUAUGAUGUUAUUGUCUUUUUUUUUUUGUGUGUGUGGCGUCCUUUUAUAAUAAACUUUUUCUAUUCUAUUCUAUUCUAAAAUGCCACAUUAGCAUAAUGUCAUUUUCGCAUAAUGCCUGAUUGGCGAAGACUACUAAAAAGUAUUUUUUUAAACAUGUUCGUUGUAAUUGUCAUUAAUAGUAGUGUGGCAUUUUGAGAAUGUCAUUUUGCGAAUGUGGCGUUGUGAGACGAAUGAAAUUUGGAACCCUAAUUGAUGUUGUUUAGCCAAAACCCUGUUGCGUGAACCCUACACGGGUUUUUCUCGUUGACCGACAAGAACCUCCGUGUGGUUGUUUUUUUUUUUAUAUUGUUUUCUACUUAUUUAUGUUAUACUGUCGACUUUUUGAAUGUAUUGAACUUUUUGUUAGCAAUCAUGUUCGUUAACUCUUUCUCGUAGCGAAUGACUAUUUUAUGAAACAUGUAACGUAGUUUUGUGUUCAAAGAGUGAUUCACAAAAGAACGACAUCUCUAAAGGUGCGUCUCCACACACAAGAACGCCGCGGGAAACAGUCGUUUAUAAGACUGUGUCGAUUAUAAACUAGUGUGGGAAGAGCAAAAAAUAAUAAUAAAAAAAUAAUAAUUGUUUUUUUUUUUUCGAAAUUUAAAAAGUGUCGCCAUUUCGUGAUUCGCUGUUUGAAAAUGACGGAACUAUGUUGUAGGUUCUAUGCGAGAUAGAAGUUAUAAUUCGUUAGCCGCCUUGGGAGAGAAUUAAAAAAGUAUACAAAUGUAGACUAUAGAUUUUUAAAUCAGAUAAUAUUUUCUACUAAAAUGUGUUAAUUGUCUCCGAUGGCGAGCGAGCGAAGCCAAGUGAUUUAAGUUGUAUUAGCAUCCCAACCGGUAGAGGGGCCACAGUAUGUUUCUCUUGUGUCCAAAACCCAGCGCUUGUAUGGUGUAGUGAUUUACUUUGACACUUUAAUGCCUAAUACAGGGUGUUAGUGACAUCGUAACGAGUUGAUAUCAAGUGGUAUUUUACAUGACAGAACUAUGAAGCUAAAGAUAAUUUUAAAAACACUAAAAUGUUCAUGGAUUUUCUGACAGGAAAUUCCACUUGAUAUAGUCUCAGAAUCAUAGUCUGAAUCAUCCCCCUCAGUAUUCGUUACGUGUCGCUAACACCCUGUUAUAUAGAGGUAGAACCGAGAGUGUUCAAUAAAAAUAUUAUGAACUCAAACUCAAAAAUAUCUUUAUUCAUUAGGUAAAAUAAUAACUAUAUUCUUUUUUUCUCUAGGCUAUUAUGUUCCACUGCUGAAAAAAGGUUUUAAUUAUAAUGAUCUGAAUCUAAAAUUGAUCUAAACUUGUGCUUUGAUACAAAUAUGCACAUUUUUGAUGAAGAGAAUAUAAACUUUAAAAAUACCAAAUACCCCGCUCCGGAACGCUCCCGGCUUAGGUUAGGUUUCCACUGACGCGGAGAUGUGCGGAUUUGACCAAUCACACCGCUCGAGAGCGAAAAACGAAGACGCUCUGUCACUCUCCCUCACGGUAAUUGGUCGAUUCCUGCUCAUCUCUGCACAGCUCCGCGUCCAUGGAAACGCAACCUUACCUCUAUGUAUAGCAAGCUAAAUACUGUAGAGUAUACGCAUUUACAAAUCAACAAAAAUACAUAAAUCUGUUUACAUUAUUGUAAUGAUUCGGGCAACAACCUACUUAAUUUGACAGGACUGCAACUAGCUCCAUCUCUUUCCUGAACGUGUUGUAGGAAAAGGACAGCGCUAGUUUAAGAGCUGUCAAACUAAAGUUAGACGUCUGUGUCUGAAUAGGCACCAUUAUCAAAGUAAAUCACACACCCCUAAAUCACUUUAUAGAAAUAUUUUCGUUGUCAAAAUACCGCGGCAUCUAUUCCCAUGGUGUUAACCACGCACUGUAGAUAUCAAUUUGGUUUCGUAAAGACAUGUUCAGACGUUCGAGGCGUGUCUUCUUGUGGCUUUGUUGAACUAAAGAGUGACAAGGAGUUAGCACGUGCCGAUAAUCGCAACUAUAGGUGGAUGCGCCACCGCAUUUUGCCAUUAAAUGUGAUGUAUAAGCCGCAUUCUAUGAAAACGACAUUUCUGUCACAAAAAAAUGUGCAAAUAGAGAAUGUGUGGAGAUGGUGCAUACCUUUGUAGUUCUUCGAACACCGGAACUCAAAUAUCAUAACCCUAAACGCGAAGAUAUCUUAGGGUGGUAUUAACAAACUAAUCUCAGCUGAGACUGCCCUCAAGAUCAUGCUCAAGUCCCUGUUUUUAUAUGAGAACUGUCACAUUGACAUGAUCUUGAGAACAGUCUCAAAGCUGAGAUUCGUUUAUUAACACUUUCAAGGACAGAACGUUUAAUGACGUUCCGAUUCCAAGAUGUCAUACUAUUAUGAACCAUCAAUGACCCAUGGUCUCUGCCCGUGAAAGCGUUCAUACCACCCUAAGGGUGGUAGGGACUUGAGCAUGGCCUUGAGGGCAGUCUCAGCUGAGAUUGAUUUAUUAAUACCACCCUUAGAAUCUAUCUUUUGUCAGUAAAUAUCCAGUUAGGUCAUUUAACGAUAUCCGUAAGAUCUAACUGGAUAUUUGCAAACAGAUUUUACGGCAAUGAUAUGUGAUGGUGUUCGAUGGUCUACUCACCAGCGCCCUCCUCGUGCUUACAAGGUCCUUGUCACCAGCCUACUUCGUCGAGGCAAACAUACCGAGGCACAAGUGACACGUGCCUCGCGUCUAAGCCUGCCUCCUGCCUUAGUGACAUCGUAACUACUAAGGGGACGAUUUAGACCAUGAUUCUGAGUUAAUAUCAAGUGGAAUUUUCCUUCGCAAAAGUAUAGAACUAAAAAUAAUUAAAAAAACAAACAAUUUCACUUGAUAUCAACUCAGAAUCGUGCUGAAUCGUCUCUCUAAAGUUUUCGUUACGAUGUCACUGUAUAAAGUUUAUUGAUGCCUUACAAAAUAUACAUAUUAAAAUACUCCCAGUUGUAAAACUCUUUAUAUGCCCUAGAAAUUACAUUUAGCGCUAAAAAGUGUUUAUUUUUUUACAACUAAAGGCAGUCGAAACCAGUGUUAAGUUACAACGCAUAUCAUAACAUAAUAACAACACAUCCAUUUUGGGAUGUGUUUUAGAAUCUCACUAAAUAUAAUCGCUAUUUCUAGAUUCAUAUAAAGAGUUAUAACGUUAUGUGUAGAUUAUGAUUUGGUAUUUAUUUUUUUUAUUUUCAUAAUCUGCAUGUGAAUAUCGUACAAUAAGCUUCGGGUAUUUAGUCAGUUUUCAAAAUGCCCGGAACUUUGUGGUGUUAUUUUGACCGUGACAUUGUGUCAUGACUUUGGCUUGCGAACUGACGACUGCUAUUACGUGUGAUUCUUUAUUAAGUUUACUGUCAUUUCUACAUAUUUCAUUUUAUAUCUCCGUGGCUUUAAACUUAAUGAAGUCGUAAGGAAUUAAGUCAGGUUUGAGCAACUUUUGACUGUUAAAAUUUAUGAAAAUCGUGAUGCUAGAGAGCGAAGUUCAGGAGAAAUGUAAUAUACCUAACUGCACAGACCGACUAAAGAAAAAUGUAUUGACGAAAUGAAGUUACUUUAAUGCUACUAGGGUAGUUUCCAACUAGUCAAUCAGUUACUUUUUAGUUUUUACUAAACGUCAAAUACGAAAUUACUAUGGAAUUUGUGUGAAAAAUUAACCUGUGACGUAAUAUAUAAAGGUGACAAAAUGUCGCACUUAUUAUUUACAUUUUUCUUUAUUCAAAUUCAUAAAUAAAUAGAAAAGAAACGUUUCUUGUCACUUUUAGGUCUGUCUUUAACUUAAUCAGAAAUUCAUAAUUUAUCUUUGACCUAGGAAAUCCCAAUUGUCUUCAGUUAGUUAUGUUGAGUAUUUUUUGCAUUUUCUAUUGAACUUCGCAUCAAAAGCUUAGCUUUGCGUCCUAUUUGAGUAGACUCUUAAGCGGACGGAGUGUCUGCAUUCCCGAAUUGCUAUGAGUUGUCAUAGCAAGGUCCGCCGCGGAUUUGCCGAUCUAGUUCUAUUAGGAAUCUGUACAAAACAGGAAAUCCUAAUGCCUUCUGGGGGGUAAAGGCCAUAUAGAAGCAACUCACCUAAUAAAGCAAUAUAGAUCUUAGAUGGAUUGCUUUGAUUUGGCUUUUUAAACCCUUCUCUAGUUCAAGUGGAGACGGAACACGGUUCUUAUGAAUAUUUCGUUUUGUUCAGCUAUAUUCAAGUUUUUAUACAGUAGUCGUGAAGUUCGGUAGUAUGAAGUCGCGACACAGUGUCGCGGGAGUUCAGUCGGGGUACAUAAAUAUAGUAAGUGUAAGUGGGUUAUGCUCAAGGUAUGGUUAGGUUCGAGUCGCGUGCAAUACAUAGCAUAAUUAUUAUUUUGUUUCCAAUAAAAUUAUUAAAAUCGA